AUGAGUAGUGUCCGUCGGUCAGUGGCAGUCAGUCCCAGGUCCGGGAGCCGGGAGCCGGAGAUCGCGGCAUUUCCUCCAUUAUCAUGCGUUGACUUUUUGCUGGCGACAAUUACGCGGCAUCAGUAUGCACGCGGCAGACGCGCGCGCAAUCCGUCCUCCUCCCCCUUCCUCCCCCGUUCUCCCCCGUCCUCCUCCGACCUCCUCCCACACUUUGAGUCGGUGCAGUUUUUGUCUCCGGACUGCGGCGGUUCGUGGGAGCGUCUUCGUUGCCCGUUGCAAACUUAG